GACUCCUCUCACUUUGUGUUUGCAAGGCUGCAUUAGCCAGUCCGACCAUGAGUUCAACAGGGCUUUGGUCUGUGGAUUACGAGAUUUAUGGGGAUGUUCAAGGAGUCUUCUUCAGAAAGUAUACAGAAGAUCAAGCAAAACGUGUUAGUGCUGUUGGAUGGGUUAAAAAUGCCCCCCAUGGAACAGUAAUAGGUCAAGUCCAGGGGUCAAAGAGCAUAGUGGAAAUAAUGAAAAACUGGCUACAGAAUGUCGGAAGCCCAAUGUCUCGCAUCGACAAGGCAGUUUUCUCCAACGAACAUGAAAUUCAGGCAUUAGAAUAUACCAGUUUUAAAACAAAAUAUUAAUAGUCUGUCCACAUGCAAUUAAACUGAAAACCAACUUUGUUUCUCCAUGCUUUCAUUUUCCUCACCUUUUUUCUGCAUUUAUAAUUCUAGCAAUUAAAAUAACUACUCUCA